UUGGGGGGAGCGUCCCCGGGAAACAAAUAAAACCGCCAGAGAAGCGGAGGAGGCAAGACGAGCUCUAGAUCCUCAAGCCACUGCUUCUCCGAUUCACUCCUCUACUCCGAACACCCCGAUCCUCAGCCCACACCGGGUGCACCUGCCUGCCCGCUCACCUGCGCUCCUCGCCCGACGCGCCGUCCGCUCCCAGGUCCCAGGCUCCGCUCCUCGCAGCCUUCGCCCUCGAGCCAGCCCAGCCCCGCCAGACCCACCCGGUGGGCCCCAAGAUGAAGGCGGUCCGCUUCGUGAUGCGCGGCGCCGGCACGCUGAGCCGCACCAGCCUGGUCCCCCGCGAGGUCGAGCAUUUCUCCCGGUACAGCCCGUCCCCGCUGUCCAUGAAGCAGCUGCUGGACUUCGGUUCGGAAAAUGCAUGUGAAAGAACUUCUUUUGCAUUUUUGAGACAAGAAUUACCUGUGAGGCUUGCCAAUAUCCUGAAGGAAAUUGAUAUCCUCCCUGAUCAAUUAGUAAAUACCUCUUCAGUGCAGUUAGUUAAAAGCUGGUAUAUCCAGAGCCUGAUGGAUUUGGUGGAAUUCCAUGAGAAAAGCCCAGAAGACCAGAAAGCAUUAGCAGAGUUUGUAGAUACUCUCAUCAAAGUUCGAAAUAGAAACCAUAAUGUGGUUCCUACAAUGGCACAAGGAAUCAUAGAAUAUAAAAAUGGCUAUGAAUUUGACCCAGUCACCAACCAAAAUCUUCAGUAUUUCUUGGACCGAUUUUACAUGAACCGUAUUUCUACCCGGAUGCUAAUGAACCAACACAUUCUUUUAUUUAGUGACUCACAGACAGGAAACCCAACCCACAUUGGAAGUAUUGAUCCAAACUGUGAUGUAGUAGCCGUGAUCCAAGAUGCCUAUGAGUGCGCAAAGAUGCUGUGUGAUCAGUAUUAUUUAACAUCUCCUGAAUUAAAACUCACACAAGUGAACGGAAAAUCUCCAGGGCAGCCAAUUCACAUUGUGUAUGUUCCUUCUCACCUGCACCAUAUGCUCUUUGAACUAUUCAAGAAUGCAAUGAGGGCAACAGUUGAACACCAGGAAAACUUGCCUUCCCUCACCCCAGUUGAGGUGAUUGUUGUCUUGGGAAAAGAAGAUCUUACAAUUAAGAUUUCAGACAGAGGAGGCGGCGUUCCCCUGAGGAUCACUGACCGCCUCUUUAGUUAUACCUACUCCACCGCACCAACGCCUGUGAUGGAUAACUCCCGGAAUGCUCCUUUGGCCGGUUUUGGUUAUGGCUUGCCUAUUUCUCGUCUCUAUGCCAAGUACUUUCAAGGAGACCUGAAUCUCUACUCUUUAUCAGGAUAUGGCACAGAUGCUAUCAUCUACUUAAAGGCUUUGUCUUCCGAGUCUGUAGAGAAACUCCCGGUCUUUAACAAAUCAGCCUUUAAGCAUUAUCAGAUGAACCCCGAGGCUGACGACUGGUGCAUCCCAAGCAAGGAACCAAAGAACCUGUCGAAGGAAAAAGUGGCCGUGUGAGGAGGGACGCUCAGGGCACUUUAAGGGAUCAAAGUGGGUCUGUGCCAGCGCUGCUUUCUGAAUGUCUGCAUGCGGACUCUUCUCCCUCAAACACCAGCCACAGAACUCCUUGACCAGGACACUGAGGGGAAGAAGAACAAAGCUCAUUCCUGUGACCCAGGAGAGCACAGAGCAGGACCAGGACUGCAGGAGUUAAGACAUGGCCAGCUCUUUAUUCUUUAAAUUGAGAAUAAUGCUUGGGUUUAUAUCAAAACCCGAAUAAGAUAUAAGCCUCAAUUUGUCAUCUCUUUGUCAACAGGAAUGGGAAGAGAAGGGCAGUGAAGAUAUAGGCUAUCAGUUUCAAUAGAGUGAUGUUUUAGAGUUUAGACCUUUGGUUAAUGUCAUAAGAUAAUUAGUAUUUAUUGAAUAUCAAGUGUCAAUUAUAUCAGUAUUUUCCUGCCAUUCAAAGAAGUGGGGCUUAGUUCAUACUAUAUGUCUAGAAAUGUAUGUAAAUGUACAUUUUGUAUCUAUCUAUGCGCUCUAGGGAGGAAAAACUGGUGACUAAAAUAGCAUUCACUUUGAAUGACAAAUAAGUCAAAACGUUUUAUUAAAAGUUGCGGCCAAGGCCUUGAGCCUCUGUAAAAACGCCGAAGAUAACCUUCUCUGAUAAAUACAGGGCCUUUAUUACGCUGCUUUCCCUGUUCACACCUCACAUAGUAAGUGAGCUUAUUGCCAGGUACCUCAUCUUGGGCGAAUUUAAAAUAUGCACUGAAUUCAGAAUGUUGGUGGUUGGAGGGGGAGAAGAGUUGCCAAAGUGAGAGCAAAACUAUCUCUCAUCUUGUUGGUAAA